GCGGCCGCUUAACGACGCCACCGUCACAGAUCGCAGAAGGAUAAACAAAAUUACCAUGGAGUGAGCUAUCCUUCUAAUGGAUAGAACCGAUGAACUGACGCACCUCGGAUAACAGCCACAGGAACACAAGCGAGCACCUGAAGCUUUCUGGUCUGUCAACCGUCGUCUUAAUACAAACUGCUUAAUCUUAACUAAAAGGACAAAUUCCCAAAGAAAAAGAGAACUCAUCCUUUGCUCGAAACAUGUUCCAAGCUCUUCAUAAAGAUCACAACACUGUACUGCACCACUUCCUCCUUUAAGUGGCAUUACUUUAUCCUCCUCCGUCUGUUAAUUAAGAUAUGGGCUGCAGGACAAGUAACAAAUGGGUAUGCAAGCAGGACAUAGUAUAGUAUUGCCCAGAAGAUUAGGUGUAAUGGAAACUGAUACAAUUAAUUUGCCUUAAGUGAAAAAAGUGAAAGUUUUCCCAGUGAUUAUAUUGUAUAAAAACCAUCCUAAGAAAUUAAGGUUGGAUACUACUGUAUGUACAGUACUGUAUUCUAUUCUUCCACUCAAGAAGAGAGUGUUGUGAUGGCACCGAGUGUGAGCUCUUUUAAGACCAGACUUAACCAACACUGGAGAAGGUUUAGAUACAUUCAGGAGCCAGUGCAUAUCCAGUACUUGCCAACAGUGUGUAACAGAGACGUGACCGACCGGCCAAGCGGCUAACGAGCAGAUCAGUGGUGAAGAGGAUAAAAGUAAAAUUAAGGGCAACUGGAAAUACAGAUACUGUUCAUGAAAAGCAAAAUUUUAGCAAACCCUCUUGCAAAUACUGCUGUUCUGUCUUACUGUAUUCAUUUGAAAAAUUUCAAUGCAGUACCAUGCAUUAUAUCGUUUUAUCAAAGAUACUCCACAUAAAAUAACACCCAGUAUCUCAAUAUUCACUUCAUCAUCAGUAAUAAUUACAAGUGCAGUACAUUAUCAGCAGCCAGUGGCUUGACACACUCAUCAACUUCAAAAUUGAUACAGGUAUAGCAUAAAGACCCUAUUUAUAAAAGGAAGUACUGUACUCUAUCUGAGAAAGAAUUUUUGUGUUCAAAGUAUCUGGCAUUUCUGUAAAGUGUUAGAAUAUCACACUAGUUUGUAUGAAAGAGAAAUCUUGCAAUUGCAUAGUUGUUUUGAACACACUGCAAAAUCUACAUCUUAUGAAACACAAGGCAUCAUACAGGAAAGAGACCAUUUUGGUGUUUAAUGUCUUUUUCCCAUCAGUUUAAUACAGAAACACUCAUGGAGGAUCAAACUGAAGAGAAACUUUAUCAGUGUCAUGAGUGUCUUAAAGACUUUAACAAAAAAUGUCAUCUAGUAACACACAUGAGAAUUCAUACUGGAGAGAGACCAUAUCAGUGUCCAGAGUGUCUUAAAGGUUUUACUCAGAAUUCUGAUCUCAUCAGACAUAUGAGAGUUCAUACAGGAGAGAGACCCUAUCAGUGCUCAGAGUGUCUCAAAGGCUUUACUCAGAAUUCUGCUCUAGUAAACCAUAUGAGUGUUCAUACAGGAGAGAAGCCAUAUCAGUGUCCAGAGUGUAUGAAAGACUUCACACGUAAAUCUCAUCUAGAAACUCACAUGAGGGCUCAUAAAGGAGAGAGACUAUAUCAUUGUACAUUGUGUCUUAAAGACUUCUUAAGAAAUUCUGAUCUAGUAAAACAUAAUAGAGUUCAUACAGGAGAGAAACCAUAUCAAUGUUUAGAGUGUCUCACAGGCUUUUCACAAAAAUCUUCUCUUGUUAAACAUAUGAGAGUUCAUACAAGAGAGAAACCUUUUCGGUGUCCAGAGUGUGAAAAAGGUUUCUCACAAAGUUCUGAUCUAGUAAGACAUAUAAGGGCACAUACAGGAGAGAAACCUUAUCAGUGUCCAGAGUGUGAUAAAGGCUUUUUACAAAAUUCUGAUCUAGUAAGACAUACGAGAACCCAUACAGGAGAAAAACCUUAUCUAUGUCCCGAGUGUCCUAAAGGUUUUACACAAAAGGGUAACCUACUAAAACACAUGAGAAUUCAUGUAGGAGAGUGAAACUAUUGUUUGAAGAAGAGUGUCCAUCAGGUGUCGGGGAAAAAUUUUAUUUGCACCUCUGAAGUUUAUACAAUAGAGAAACUCAAGCUGUUUUAGAAUAUGUUAAAGAAAGCAGUUCUCUCAUGUAACAUAUAUGAGAGGAAACUAAUACUGUAUUGUUAUUAUUCAGAAGACCUUUAAACUUUAGAUACUUCAUUUGAUAUAAUACUGUAUUUAAUUCAUUCAGAAAAACUUAGUGUGGUACUUAGUACCAGUAAGUCUAAAGAAUAUGAUAAAGAAGGGUGUGGGCAAACACUGGAUUAAAAGUACCUCAGAUUCCAGAGUACAAUGGUCCCUCGGUUAAUGAACACAAUUUGUUCCAGUGGGUCCUUCGGUAACCGAAAAUUUCGUUAACCGAAUCCAUUAUUUCAAUGGGAUAUUGUGUAAUUGAUUCCAGCUCACCGAA